AUGUCUGCCGCCAACUCGACUACAACAACGAGUAGUAGUGAACAACCACAACAGACCAAGGUUCCGAUCCGAUGGGAUUCAGCUUCUACAGUACGAGAUGCUUUGACUAGUAAAUCGGAUAUGAAAAUGGUAGUGUGUUGUUUUGCGGAACCAUUUUCUCCAAUAUCUACCACUUUGGCGAGGUGGUUUGAGGAAAUUAGAAUGGGAGAUUCCGUAACGUAUGCUCAAAUAUUCAUUCUGGAUCCGUUUGAAAAUAGUCAAUUUGCAUCGGAGUGUGGCAUCAAGACAUCUCCUGCUGUGGUUCUGUUUUGGGAUGGUAAGCCAGUUUCAAUACAGAGAAAUGGUUGGGAUGAAGAUACCAAGAUCGUUGGAGUUUCGACAAAAGAGAAUUAUAUUAAUGUUAUUCGAUUAUUAAGAGAAGUAGGAGAGGAGGAGAAAUAUCCAAUGCUCCUCAAGGUAGAAAAUUUGUAA